AUGGCUGCUUUCAGCGGGGAGACGGCUGUCAAGGGGAUUCAUCUCAUCAACGAUGACGGUGAGCUACUUCCAGAAGCUGACAUUAACGACUUUCUCAUUUCAGCUCUCGCCGGAAAGGGUUCCAGUGACAUUUUGUACCGCACGGGCGUCAAUUAUCAUGUGGUUGGUGUGUUUGGCGGGCAGAGCAGCGGUAAGUCAACGCUACUUAAUUCGCUUUUCCAAACUGAGUUUAUGACAAUGGAUGAGGCACAUCACCGCGGACAGACAACAAAAGGGGCCUUUAUGACUCGUGCCAUUCUGGAUGCACAAACUCACCGGAAGGAAAGAGAGGAAGGUGAAGGAGCAGACUUAUUGAAAAGAGAGAAACCUCAACCCCUGUUUGUUUUGGACUUCGAAGGCACCGAUGGUAUUGAACGAGGCGAAGAUCAGAACUUCGAGCGCCAACUUUCCCUCUUUGCGCUCAGUGUUGCCGAUAUUCUAAUAAUUAACAUGUGGGCUGUCGAUGUUGGUCGUUUCAAUGCCGCUAAUAUGAACCUUCUUCGCACGGUAUUCGAAGUGAAUUUACAACUAUUUUCCCACGGUAGUUAUGUGAAGGAGGAAAAACCCACGCUUUUGGUUGUUUUACGUGAUUUCACGGAGAAUGACCCUGCCCCAUCUUUUGAAACAGUUCGGAAGUCUUUCGAUAAAAUAUGGGGCAACAUUCAGAAGCCGGAGUCAUUUACGGAUGCGACCAUCGAUGUGGUGUUCGACUUGCGCUAUCGGGUCCUCCCGCAUUACAAACUUCAACGCCCCGAGUUUGACAGUGCAGUCUCUGAGUUCCGCGAGUGGUUUGUAUCACCUAAAAACUCGAACUUUCUCUUCAGUAACUGCAGCAUGUUUCGCGGUGUCCCAGCCGAUGGAAUGCCAUCAUAUCUCUCAAACUGCUGGAACGCUAUCUGCUCGAGUAAGGACCUUGACAUUCCUACGCAGCGUGAUAUGCUCGCAAGGCAUCGGUGCGCGGAUGCGAAGCAUGCUGCUAUCGAAGAAUUCAAAGAAGUUUGCGAGGAAUAUACGAAAAAGAUACAACGCGGUGACGUGAUUCCUCAGUUUACGCGUGCUUUGGAAGAGACUAUAGAGAGGCUACUGAAAAACUUCUCCGACCAAACUAAGCUUUAUAAGGUCAGUGUUGUGCACGAAACGGCAGAAGCGCUCGAGGAGGAACUGGGCGACAUGGAACUUCAUUUGCUCAAGCAGUACGCAAAAAGUAUCGCUGUGACAGUUCUUGCAGCGUUGGAUGGGGUAAUCGGAAGUAGUGUGGACGAGGCCGUACGUUGGCUUCAAAAUGAGGCCCGGUCUGUCUUGCUUUUGGAAGGCAAGGAUAACAAAGGGGAUAGAAUAGAUGGGGGUGGACUCGCACAAGGCGUUCUGGACACUGCCGAGGGCCUCGUCGACAAUAAGAGGUGCCGGCUGUUCGUGGAGGAGUUUUGGAAAAGGAUUUGUUUAUCUUUGCAGGGGGCGUUUGAUAUGCUGAAUGGGUGUUCUAAAUCCCAUCAGGCCGCACUGUCAUCCCUUUAUGGAAAGUUUGCCACAGCUAUCAUGGAUGACCAGGCAGUACGCGAGGGUGUGGCCCAUGCGGCAAUGGAGGGAGCCCAACACAAGCUACGCAAUCGCUUUGUGGCGAUGGCGGAAAAUGCGGCGGAAACGGUUCACCAGGUGUUCGAACAAGCUCUCACUAGCAAGACGGAUGGGACUGUGCGUUUUUUCCGAACCACUGAUGGUCUCCUCGGUGCGGAGAAGCAAGCCCGCCAAGCAGGACUUGUGCUGUUGGGCUGCCUGCUGUACUACCGCCUAAAGCUUGUCCCUGUUGAAGUAGAUGCUGGAGAAGUCGAGGGGGAAGGAACUACCCGUGCGUUACAGCGUCUAGUUCGUGAUCGCUGCAGGUUCCAAGUACGUGAUAAUCGAACAGAGAAGAAUUUUUUUCUUCACUUCACCAAUAUAUCAGAUGUCCCACGUUAUCCAUUGGAUGCUCCCACGUCAGUGGUGGAUUCUGGCGAUACGACCGCUGAUACCGUUAAUGCAGACAACGUUCUUCUAAGCCACAAUGCUCUGCAGUGCGCCUUCCAUCUGUACAAACAAAAAGCUGACUUCACACUGCAGAUGCAGCUCCGUAAUAUUGAGAGUGGGAAACAAAGUUUACCACCAUGGGUAUUGCCGGUGAUGCUGCUGUUGGGGUGGAAUGAGUUGUACUAUCUCCUCACCUCGCCCAUUCUGCUCAUAGCAAUAAUUGUCAUUGCAGUGUUGUUCUUUAAGACCUUCCUCAAGUCGCAGUUGGAGGUGCUGGAGGAGAAAUGCCCUGUGUGGUUAGUAGUGUCUGUAAAGGCUCUGCUUCAGCAAGCGCAGGCACUACAAAAUGCAUACGCACCAACUGAAGCCGUAAGAGGAGGCGGGGGUGGAGCACAGUUUCGUGAUCCGACGCAAGCCACAAGUGUGAGCGGAGCAUCUGCAGGGGUGAGUUCGGAGUCCUCUUCAGCUGCUUCACCUCGGCGCAGAGUUUGUAGGGAGAGCCGUGACAAGGGGGAGGACUAA